AUGGAUAUCCGGAAUUUCUUUGGCGGCAAGUCAAGUCAAGGCUCCAGCGACGCCGCCGCGAAGCCCGCGGCCAAAAAAGAGUCUACAAUGCAGGACUCCUCUGCCACAAGAAAGAGACGCAGCAGGAAAGUUGUGGAUGACAGUGACGAAGAAGAAGAUGUAGCACCUACCAAAGCACCCGCCAAAGCGAAGUCCAAGAGUCAACCAAAGCCGGAAGAGACUAAGGAAGAACCUACAACUACCUCCGACUAUUUCGCCUCCAGUAAGAAGAAGACACGACCUGCCAAAACGACCGAGCAAGCUCGGCCCGAUAAAGCCAAGAUUGUUGCCGAAAGCUCCAAACCGAAAAAGGCUGCCGAAGAACCUGCAAUCAAAGGACGAACCGCAACCCGGGGAUCAACAAAGCAAGCCAAAAACAUCAUUGAGGAUGAACACCUCGGCGCCGAUGACAUUUUUGCAACUGAAUACGGAAAGGCCGGUAAAGGAGACGACGCUUAUGUGGCUGGGGAUGAUAGCGAUGAGGACAGUGACUUCGAAAUGCUCGAAGUGAAGCCAGUCGCCGCAGCAGCGAAGAGGACACAGAAGAAGCCUUCUUCUCGCGAUGAUGAGGAUGAUGUAGUCAUGGAAGAUCUCCCCAAGAUUCCUGUCCCGAAGGCUCGACCUGGCCGCAAGCGCAAAUCUGAAGCUCUCAUCGACGAGGAUGAAGAUGGGGACUACCAAGAACCUAAAAAUGAAACGAAAAAGGCAGCCCCAAAGUCUAAGGCCGCGGCAUCACCGGCUGCGAAGAAGCAAAAGGCUAGCCCUAAAAAGGCCAAAAAGGAGGACAAAAUAGAGAGCAAAGAGCUCCAAGAUAUCUUCGACAGCAUUCCUACCAUUGACGCCCCAGAACCUCCUAAGGGAGAGCCCAAGAAAUUCAAAUUUGGAGCACAACAAAGCCGGGACCCGGCAAUGACUGGGACUAAGGAAAUGCCCGUUGGUCAAGAAAACUGCCUUGCUGGUUUGGCGUUUGUUUUCACCGGUGUUCUGGAAUCCCUCGGUCGCGAAGAGGGUGCGCAAUUGGUGAAGAAGUAUGGAGGCAAAGUUGUGGGGGCUCCUAGUUCUAAAACGAACUAUGUGGUCCUCGGAUCUGAUGCCGGCCCAAAGAAGCUCGAGACUAUUGCGAAGCACAAGAUCAAGACCAUCAACGAGGAAGGUCUCUUUGAAUUGAUUCGACGACUGCCUGCCAACGGCGGUGAUGGAAAGGCAGCUGAGAAAUACGCCGAGAAGCUGAAAGCCGACGAGGCCAAGGUCCGUGCCAUGGCGGCCGAAAUCGACGCAGAAGAGAAGAAACGAGAAGAGCAAAAGCGAAAGACAACCGCGGCUCAAGGACCCAAGACCGCCGCUACCGCGUCUCAGACGCCACCAAGCUCACAGCCCGCAUCAUCCGGUGAUCUCUGGACCACGAAGUAUGCCCCGACAUCGACCAGUAUGAUAUGUGGCAAUAAAGGUGCUGUGGAAAAGAUUCAGAGCUGGUUGCGGAACUGGCAUGUCAAUGCUCAGGCCGAUUUCAAAAAGGGUGGUAAAGACGGCUCGGGGACAUAUCGUGCCGUCAUUAUCCAUGGUCCCCCGGGAAUCGGCAAAACUACAGCAGCCCAUCUCGUGGCGAAGCUGGAAGGAUUCGAUGUCGUGGAGACCAACGCCAGUGAUACCCGAAGUAAGAAGCUUGUCGAGAGCUCUACCUUGGGCGUCUUAGAUACAACAUCGUUGCAAGGAUAUUUCGCCGGACAAGGCAAGCAAGUGGAGAGUGAAAAGAAAAAGCUCGUCCUCAUCAUGGAUGAGGUUGAUGGCAUGUCUGCCGGUGACCGUGGAGGUGUGGGAGCCGUGGCAGCAAUUGUCAAGAAGACCAAGAUUCCAAUCAUCCUUAUCUGCAAUGAGCGAAAGCUUCAAAAGAUGAAACCUUUCGACUUCAUAACCUACGACGUGCCAUUCAGACGCCCAACUGCUGAGCAAAUUCGGGCAAGACUCUCCACUAUUUGUUUCCGAGAAGGCCUCAAGAUUCCGCCUCCUGUGCUCGACGGCCUCAUUGAAGGAACACAUGCCGAUAUUCGCCAGGUCAUUAACAUGCUUUCCACUGCAAGGCUGGAUCAGAAGGGUCUCAGUUACGACGAAGGCAAGCAGAUGUCGAAGUCAUGGGAGAAGAAUAUCAUCCUCAAGCCGUGGGAUAUUGUCGGGAAGAUUCUUAGCGCCCAGAUGUUUUCCCCGAGUUCCACUUCUACUCUGAACGACAAGGUCGAGCUUUACUUUAAUGACCACGAGUUUAGUUACCUAAUGCUUCAGGAGAACUACCUCAAGACCAAACCCGCUCUUGCGGGCAAAUAUCACGGCCAGGAACAACGAUUGAAGUCGCUUGAAUUGCUGGAUAAUGCCGCCUCGAGUAUCAGUGACGGUGACCUCGUCGACCGCAUGAUCCACGGUACCCAGCAGCAAUGGAGUCUUAUGCCCACCCAUGCGAUCUUCAGCUUUGUGCGGCCAGCCAGCUUCCAGUACGGAAACAUGAAUGAGCGGCCUGCCUUUACUAGCUGGCUGGGCAACAACAGCAAACAUGGCAAACUAUCUCGAUAUGUCAAGGAAUUACAGGGCCACAUGCGUCUUCGUACCUCAGGUAACCGCGACGAGAUCCGUCAGCAGUACAUGCCCUUGCUCCAGGAGAAGAUAAUACGCCGGAUGAUGGACGAAGGCAAGGACUGUGUUGACUCGGUCAUUGAUCUCAUGGAUGAAUAUUAUCUUACUCGCGAGGACUUCGAUUCUAUGCUUGAACUAGGGCUCGGCCCAAUGGACGAGUCUAAGAUCAAACUUGAGACACAGACCAAAGCUACCUUCACGCGUCUGUACAAUUCGCGUUCGCACCCCAUGCCAUUCAUGAAGGCCAGCAAUGUCGUGGCACCUAAGCAGGCAAAGAAGGAGAGACCUGAUAUUGAAGAUGCCAUUGAAGCAUCUGAUGAAGAAGAAGUUGUUGAAGAGAUCAAGAACGAGGAUGAGGAAGAACUUGAUCUGAAGAAGGACAAGUAUGUGAGCUUGCCCAAGAAAAAGAAGGCGCCGGCCAAGGGCAAGAAAGCGAAGAAGGCCGAUGAUGAAGUUGAUGCUGAUGAGGAAAAGCCGAAAAAGGCUCCUUUUGCUAUCUCGAAUCUUGUUCGGUGUGGAUCUCCUCCUGCAGCCAAGAUGACCGUUGUCUCUGGAUCUGAUGGCUCUGACGAUGUCACACUGAGUUCUCUGGAUACUAAGGGUCUAAAUACCCCGCACAGAACACUCCUUCCGAAGGUUCAAACCACGCAUCAUGCUCUCGUGCUUAGACCUGCUCCAUUUACGGAACCACAAGUCGAAGAAGUUCAUAUCCCGUCUCUGCUUCCAGGAAGUGUUCUUUUGCGUAUGCUCGCAACGCCGCUCCACCCAUACAGCAAGCUUAGCUUUGAGUUUUACAGCCAUGGGAGAUCUCCUCAUGAAAAGCCAUUUAUUCCCGGUUCAAGUGCAAUUGCUCGUGUGAGCCAGGUCGGUGACGAUGCGACCACUUUGAAGGUUGGUCAACUAGUCUUCUUUGACUCAGUCAUGAAAGGAAGGGAUAGCCCAGAGACCAUUCGAUUUUCCAAUCCUGUAUAUCAUGGAUUUGACCCCCAUAGCGUGGAAAUCAUAGCCUCCAGCGGCUUCGCAGAUGGCUCAUAUGCGGAGUUCAUGAGGGCACCACUUGAGAACUGCUAUCCAUUGGAUGAGGCUAAGUUGAUGGGAGAUCCGAGAAAAUGGGGCUUUGCAUAUACCCCAGAACAACUUUGUGUGAUUGCCACAUUUCUCAGGCCUUUCGGUGGACUCACUAGCAUUGAUUUGAAACCCGGUGAAACGGUGUUGAUUUCUCCGGCCACUUCUACAAACGGCGUUGCUGCUUGCAUGGUAGCUUUGGCUAUGGGUGCAAAGGUUGUAGCUUGGUCUUACGAUGAUGCUAAGCUCGUGCGUCUCAAUCGGAUCCUAUCAAUCACUCGCAACGAUGUCCACAACAUUAAAACGUUCGGACCGAUGGAUGCGUUCCUGGAUAUUUCCCCUCCAGGAGCCCGAGGAUCUUUCCAUCUCAAAUCCGGCAUUAUGUCGCUCAGGCCUGGAGGCCGGGUGAGUCUGAUGGGUGCAUAUCAGGACCUUGAAAUCCCAAAUGUCUUUGUCACGCGUUGCAAUAUCACAUUGAAGGGAAACUGGAUGUAUGAGCGAAAGGAUGUUCUUGCACUGAUCAAGAUGGUAGAGAAGGGCAAUCUUCGCCUGAGAGAAGAGGACGGAUGCUACGUUGUCGGCGAAUUCGGUCUAGAUCAAUGGAAGGAGGCAUUGGCGGCAGCCACAAUAAUUGAUUCGCCAAGUGUUGUUACUACAUAUGUCCUCGUGAAAGCCAGGAAGAUGUCUCUUCUUCACAAUGAAGACUUUACGAUCUGGCAAUUACGCUCCUCAUAUCUCUCAACAAUCAAAGAUGGAAUCGGGGACCGACUUAUCAACGUCAACGACUCCGUCCUGAAUACACCUGGCUUCCGCGCGGCGGGCUGGUCAACCGCUGCUGCGUACCCCAACACACACAGCUCCUCCCACUUGAAGCGCACUUACUCCCCACCGAUUCCAACAACGGCGAACGUUUCGUCCGAAUAUUACAGGCUAGCAGAACGAAAUGCCAAACCCCAGCGCCACGAAUUGCAAGGCCUCGGCCUGGAAGACGGCGAGGAUGAUGGUGGCAUGGUGACCGGCAAGAGCCACACGGACAUGACCGCGCGGCGAAAUCACGCACGCAGCGGAAAGAAGAAAUCUCGACGGGAAAGGCAACAAGAGGUCCAGAGACAAGCGGAAGCAGAGGACGACGAUAGCAGCGACCUGAGUGAUGACAGCGACGACGAUGGGGACAACGUUGGCAGUGCUGUUGAUCAGAUCAAAUUCGACAAGAUGCCCAUCCGCCGAGAUCGAGCCGACUCCUCUCCAAGGCGUUCAGUAGACCAGACGGAACGACCAGAUGUCAUGAUCACAUCUGCGUCAACACAAAGCAUUGCAAAUCAAUAUCGCCAAGUAAAACCACGCCCCCGUCGAGAUACAACUACUAGCAGUGAUCUGUCGACGGAUAACGAAACCGACCUUAAAGGCUACAAACAAGGACAAGUUCAAUUCUCCGCGAGUGACCAGGUCGUCGAGUAUUCGCGCAGGCGGCGCGAGCGAACCGGCAGUCGAGGCGCAGAGAGCCUUGCCCUCGGAGAACUUCACGAAGAGGACGAGGACGAGGACUCCGGUGCUGAGUCUGUUGGGUCUGCAAUUUCCUCUGAUUUCGACAAUACGGCUGGAUCUGGCUCCUUGCUGCUGGCAGGUGUGCCGGGCGGUUUGAAUUUGUCCUCGCCCAUGGCUAUGAUGAACAAUUUACCCUCUGGCACAGGACCGCAGAAUAAUUCACCGCGCAAGCAUCGCACUCCAGCUCCUGCACUGCAAGAUCUUCCCCCGCCACGGCCUAUCAGCAUGAUACAGCCGGUCAGCUUAUUAACCAGCCAGCUUACGUCCCGCAAGCGAGCACCAAGCAAUCCAGUGGAUAAAUUCGUGGUGCUCUCUGGGCGGGGUCAAGAGGACUCGUUGUAUUUGAAGAUCUACGUUCCUUUUUCAAGCGACCCCGAAGACCCGCUGGAUCUGCCACUUACACGCGAGUCUAAGCUUGCAGAACAGCCUGCACAAGUGACUGUUGCUGAAACGAUUGGUCUUGCCCUAUGGAAAUACUCGGCGGACGCUCGCGGCCCACCAAUUAAUCGCGAAAAUUUGACUGUGAACCGAUGGACGCUACGGAUGGUCGAUGAUGGUGAAGUCGAAUAUGACUUCCCAGCGCUUGGGCGGACACUUCCAAUGACAGAUUUCACCUCAAACAACAACCAAUCUGCCAAGUCCCGAGGACGGUCAAGGGGCAAACCGUACGAUGAAUUCGCACUGGUUGAAGCAUCGAAAUCGGAGUUUGAAGAGAACGAACGGCUAUAUCCACAAUUCAGUUCAAGCAUUGGGUCAGAAGUGGCAGAUCAGCCGGCGAGUCUUGCAGUACCAGGGACUCAACCCGCUGCACAGAAAAAGACCCCUCAAACCACACCAGCCCGAGCAAACCCUAUCCUAGGCCAGCCAUUCUCGUCUGCGCUCAACCACAGCACACUUACUCCUGCUGACCGCCCCGUGGUACCUAUCUCACAUGCCACUCCCCGUCUUGGUGUUUCUAAGACAUUGAAGAUUCGUUUCAUCAAUAUGGAGGCUUCCGCACAUAUCAUGACCAUCAACACAUCUACCGAUAGCUAUAUCGCGGAGAUCCUCGACUCGGUAUGUAAACGAUGGGGCCAGGACAAGGGCAACUACCUCUUAAAGGUGAUGGGGUCGAACACGAUUGCACCACUUGACCGCACAGUGGAAGCAUUGGGCAGCAUCACAGAACUUGAUCUAGUGCGUCGUCGCUUCGGCGGCGGGCCCCUCGCACUCGGAACCUCACCAGGCAGCUCAUCACCAAACGCGCCUUUGAUGGUGGAAACCGCCGAUCCGACAGCCUCCAAGAAGAACAAAAAGGAGGCCAAGAAGGGCGCCCAGCGCAUGUUGCCCUCAUCUUCCCAGAAACAAGACCACCUCGGCGGGUAUUACCGCCGGUACCACGUCUUCCGCAAACAGCCCAUGUCUUUCACAGCAUCCAACCAUCGCAUCCUCACGUUUGAGAAUGAUUACAUGCAUAUCGUGCCCGGUGAUACGGGGAAAACAGCGUCUGGUGGUAAGACUCGGUCAAUUAGCUUCAGCGACGUGAUCGGAUCCAAGGUCAGCCGACGGCACCCCAAGAGCUUCCGGGUGAUGAUCGUGCGCGGCAAUGAUGCCACCGAGCAGAAGCGCUAUGACUUUGAAGCAAGGAGUACCAAUGAGGCCGUGGAGAUUGUGGACGAGAUCAAGAAGAACAUGGCACAUUAUCGCAUUUGA